AGAGGCUCCGGAUGUACGUGGUGCAGACGUGUUCGGUAUGUUCCUCGAAAUGCAUGCGUAACAAGGGCAUCUUCUAUCGAAUGCUUGGCUUGUGCGGCUCAUCCUAGUCGUCAAUCUUUAUUGAUCCAUGCACCGGAAACUACCCCAAUGGUUGCAACCGAGGCGGAAUUCCGCGAUCGAGGUCACAAACGGGGCGGCAUCUGCCAGUUCACCAGAUCAGGAUCGUGCUUUUCCAGAGAGUGUUGAUGUCACGGUGCCGCUAGACAUGCUGGUCGCCGAUGACGCUGCAUGGCAAAAAUGUCGUUCCUGCAGAGGUCGCAGAAUAUAUAUGUAGAGUCGUGCUUGUCGAUGGUUGCUCCCUCAUCGACCAUUGAACUCUCAAACCUUCGACAAGAUGUUCUCCAAGUCAAUCGUCGCCUCAGCCCUGCUUGCAGGUGCUGUAUACGCCGCUCCUGCUCCUCAGGAUGUCUACGCCUCUCAGGCUACCUCUGAGUACGGCAGCCAGGUUUCUGGCUACACCGGUGCCAACGCCCCUUACAAGUCGGAUGCUGCCUCCGUCGACCUUGAGAACAUUGCCACCUCUUUCGGCACCAACUCUCAGGUCAAUGCUAUCCCUACCCAGGCUCCCAACGGCACCAUGUCCGGAGCUGCUGCCCCUCUCCGUAGCAGCUUGGUUACUGGCUCGACCUCUCACGGUCCCUACUCUGGCACUCCCACCACCGUCGGAGCUGUCACCACUGCCACCCUCGGCCUGACCGUCUCCGCCAUGGGUCCUAACCCCACUGCCACCUACUACAACACCAACGGCAUGCUCACUCAGCCCGAGCCUGCUCCCUACACCCCUGCUGGUGGUCUUGGUACUAACGGCUCUCUUCCUCGCUACAUGGUUGAGUCCGACUUCGACUACGAGUCAAUCACCCUUGGUCUUUACCAGGAGUGGAUCGAGCUCGACACCUUCAACAACGGUCUCGCUACCUUCUCUGAGGAGGACUUCAUUGCUGCCGGUCUCACUGCUGAGGACCGUGAGCUCAUUCGCUUCAUGGCCCAGCAAGAGGAGGGUCACGCUACUCUCUUGACCAACAUGCUCGGUCACACCGCACCUCCCCAGUGCACCUACAACUACCCUUACACCACCGUCCGCGAGUUCCUCGACUUCAACCAGAAGCUCACCCGCUACGGUGAGUCUGGUGUUUGGGGCUUCAUCAACCACCUCGACAGCCGUGAAGUCGGUCAGCUCCUUGCUCAGUCCAUCGCCACCGAGGCCCGCCAGCAGAUGGCUUUCCGCCAGAUGAGCGGUCUCUUCCCCAUGCCCGUCUACUUCGAGACCGGUAUUCCCCAGUCUUGGGCCUGGACUUUCCUUGCUCCUUACAUCUCUUCUUGCCCUGCCAACACCACUCGUCUCGCAUGGCAGAACUUCCCCGCUCUUCACAUCGUCAACCAGCCCAACAUCAACCGUUGGUCUGCCAACGACACUGCUGCUUUCGAGGUCACCGGUAACCGCACUUCCGACCCCAGCAUCUCUACUAUCCCCGAGGAGGAGAGCUGCCAGCACUUGAACGUCACCGGUUACGGCUGUGGUCCCGCCAUCGCUCGCAACCGCUCUGAGCCUCUUUCCUUCCCCGGUAAGCAGGUCAACUUCACCUGGGAUGCUCCCGGCCUUGCCGUCGGCCCCAACAACAGCUACACCACCUCGGUCAACCCCGUCGCUGGUGAGCCUCAGUACGUUGCCUGGGCUGCUCAGCUCAACCUGACCUACACUCCUCUCAUCAAGACCUCCAACAACACUGGUUACACUUACCAGCCCGCUGGAUUCGUCUACGAGGGUGGUGCCGGUAUUGUCAAUGGAACCAUGUUCGUCGCUCUUACCGACACCGACAUGUUCCUGACCCCCUUCAACCUCACCAUGAUCAACCCCCACGUGAUCGCACUUGGUCUUUACCAGUCGGGAUGAGCGUUGUUUGACGUUUGAGACUGUCAGGACAAUGUCUGCUAUGAAUAUUGUAUGAGUUGCGAUCGAAAUGGAAGUCUUGACUUCACAUCUUGCCUUUGGCUGGCGCUAGACGCUAUUACGCUGGGCAUGUGUACUCUUAGCAAAGAUUAACCACUA